AUGGGUGGCUCUCAAAAAUGGUUUUCUUUGGGUCUUCUUACCCUCUGCAUUGUGCUCCAUUUGAGUGCUAUUGUUUUGGGAGAUGACAAGCUUAAUAAGAAUGGGUUUAGGGAUGAUGACGACUGUCGUUGGGGCAGGCGUUGCGGUGGCAGAUUUGGAGGACGUGGACCACGCUUCGGUAGGGGAGGUGGUUUUGGUGGGGGUAGAGGUGGUGGAUUUGGUGGUGGUAGGGGUGGAGGACUUGGUGGUGGUAGGGGUGGAGGACUUGGUGGUGGUAGGGGUGGAGGACUUGGUGGUGGAUCGGGUGGAGGGUUUGGAGGUGGUGGUGGAGUAGGUGGUGGUGCUGGAGGUGGUGUUGGUGGUGGUGGCGGAUUUGGAGGUGGUGGAGGAGGAGGAUUGGGAGGUGGUUCGGGACAUGGUGGAGGAUUUGGAGCUGGAGGUGGCGUUGGAGGUGGUGCGGGAGGAGGAGUUGGGGGUGGAGGUGGAUUUGGUGGAGGUGGCGGUGGUGGCGUUGGUGGUGGAUCAGGUCAUGGUGGAGGUUUUGGAGCUGGAGGAGGUGUUGGUGGUGGUGUUGGUGGAGGCGCUGGAGGUGGAGGCGGCGGAGGGGGUGGUGGUGGUGGUGGCAUUGGUGGUGGACAUGGCGGGGGAUUUGGAGCUGGUGGAGGUGUUGGUGGAGGAGUUGGAGGUGGUGCAGGAGGAGGAGGUGGUGGAGGCGGUGGAGGUGGCGGCGGCAUUGGUGGUGGGUCAGGCCAUGGUGGAGGCUUUGGAGCUGGUGGAGGUAUAGGUGGUGGUGUCGGCGGAGGUGCCGGAGGUGGAGGUGGAGGUGGAGGUGGAGGUGGAGGCGGAGGUGGUGGUGGUUUGGGAGGAGGUUCUGGUCAUGGAGGUGGAUUUGGAGCCGGUGGUGGCAUUGGGGGUGGAGCUGGUGGAGGGCUUGGAGGAGGUGCUGGAGGUGGCCGUGGUGGUCACGGUGGAGGAAUUGGAAUCGGAAUAGGGAUUGGAGUCGGAAUAGGUAGUGGAUCUGGUCAUGGCGUUGGUGUUGGCUCUGGAUCCGGUGGAGGAGGUGGUGGUCAUUAA